AUGGGUGAGACCUUCAGAUUACAUCUUAACCCUUGCUAUGCCCUUCUUGCGUGCAGUACGUGGGGCGUGCUGUCUGCUGGAGCACGUGGCAUGUCUGGAGGCUUUGCAGGGAACCCUAACGGGUCAGGUUUUAAAAAAAUACUCGGGAAUUCUGAUUGGGAGGACUUGGAACAGGAAUUACCAGAAAUGGUUCUUUUAAAGUUUUUUCGACCAGAAAACACACCAGUACCUGCAAGACCAACACCUGAGCAGCUUUCUAAUCUUAUCAAGACAAGUCUUCAUUAUCCAGAGUCUUUCAAUCAUUCUUUUCAUCAGAAAAGCCUCUGCCUGGUACCUGUCACUCUCCUACUUUCAAAUUGUUCCCAGGCUGUUGUGGAUGUGAUGAUUGAUUUACGACAUAAAACAACAAGCCCAGAAGCACUAGAAAUCCAUGGAUCUUUUACAUGGCUUGGGCAAACACAGUACAAGCUUCAACUUAAAAGCCAGGAGGUCUAUAGCUUGCAGCUGAAAGCUUGCUUCGUUCAUACAGGUGUCUAUAAUCUUGGAACCCCCAGAGUAUUUGCCAAGCUAGUGGACCAAGUUACUUUGUUUGAAACGAGUCAGCAGAACUCCAUGCCUGCACUGAUUAUUAUCAAUAAUAUCUGACCACUUCUUGGGGAAAAAAAAAAUCACACUAAAAGACAAAAUAUUCUUUUCUUAUCUUGCUGGUUGACGUUUUACUGCAGUUUUUUUGGAAAUAGCACCUCAGACAUCUAACUUGUUACUAAAGAUUGUGUAGGAAAGAAAAUAGCAAAAUAUUCAGAUGACUUGUCAGUUUGUUUCUCAAUGCAACGCACGUUGGACUGAAAAUAUGUUUAUCCUUUUAUAAUGUAUUUCUUCUCUGGUAAUUAAGAUAUUGAUAACACGAAAUACCCUCUAACUCCAAAUCUGAACAUACUUGUAUGUCCUAUGCCCUGUCAGAAAUGCAGCUUGACUGCUUUUACAACUUCCAGCAUGGUGUGUUUAAUAUUUGUGGCUGUAUUAGAAUAUGGUUCAGGAAGAAAC